AGAGGGCGAUAUCAACAUCCGAUAUUUCCACGUGCUGGUACCAAGAUGGUGUUCGAACAAGAAGAACAUCGACCAACUUCUUUUAAACAGCAAAACAAACAACAUAAACGUGGAAAACAUAGAGGAAAGCGCGAACUGGAUCGCAUGUCCCAAGGACGUGUCAGUGUUAAAAAUAUCUCAAAACGGCAUAAACUAGAAAUACGAAGAGCUGAACGAAGGAAAAAGGCUUUCCAUACUCGUAAAAACAAACGAGAAGAAGUUUUGGCCCAAAAACGUAGUCGUGGUGGUGCUGAUAGUACUCCACAUUUUGUGGUGAUUCUUCCACUGCAUAAAAGUCUUAACUCCCAAAAGGUUCUGGAUUUGUUGAUUAAUUGUGAUGACACUGCUUGUUCUAAGAAGAAUGAUCUGGAUAUAACACAUUUAGGAAUUCCUCGACUAAAGCAGAGAGUAUCGUUUUAUAUCCCUGAAUAUGGUAACCAGUAUGCAUUACUUGAUGCUGUUAAAAUAGCCGACUCAGUACUUGCUGUUCUCUCUCCAACGGAAGAAAUCGAUGAAUAUGGCAGUCAUUGUUUGUCCCUUUUGUUUGGUCAAGGAUUGCCUUCAAUUAUCUUUAUUGUUCAGGACUUCCGCAGUAUUCCUCAGAAGAAGCAAAGUGAUACAAGAAAAUUUAUACAAAAAUGCAUUGAUAAAUGGCUUCCUGAUGCUAAGUUCCAUUCCUUAGAUAACAACCAGGAUGGCUUAGUUGUUCUGCGACAAAUAGCCAACCACAAACUACGGUCUAUAAAAUACAGAGAAAACCGUCCGCAUCUCUUAGCUGAAAGUGUUGUGUAUGAAUUAAACUCUGAAUUGGAAGAUGCUGGGACAUUGAAACUGUCUGGAUUUUUAAGAGGCCGCUCUCUUAAUGUGAACCAUUUAGUGCAUCUCCCUGGCUGGGGCGACUUCCAAAUGCUGCAGAUUGAUUCUCCAAAUGAUCCCUAUCCUCUCUAUCCUAAAGUUACGAGGACCAACAAACAGGGAUUAGAACCAAUGGAGAGUAAUAUAGAAGCUGAUGCUCGAAUUUUGGACAAAGCGGAGGACAGCAAACAGACAAGUCUUGAAAGUGAAGUGGUUCCUGAUCCAAUGGAAGGAGAACAGACUUGGCCAACAGAGGAAGAGAUGGCAUUGGCAGAAGCUGAAAGCAAGAAAAUCAAGAGGGUUCCGAAAGGCACAUCUGCAUAUCAGUCCGCUUGGAUCCUAGAAAGUGAUGAUGAACUGAACAAAGAAGAUAAAAGUGAAGAUGAGGGUGAUGAUGAUGAGGAUGAUGACUAUGAUGAUGAAGAUGAAUACAUGGAAGCCAUGGAAGAUCUGGAGAGCAGUUCAGAAGACGAGUUUGUCUCAGAUGAAGGAGAGGAAACCUAUGAAGAGAUUGAAGUGAAAGAUGAAGAUGGUAAAUAUGAUGAAACAAUUGAUGUAGAAGAAGAAAAAAGAAUAUUGCUGAAGAUCAGAGAAGAGAGAGAGAAUGAAAUAUUUCCUGAUGAAGUUGACACUCCAUUUGAUACGUGUGCAAGAACUCGGUUUGCACGUUAUCGUGGCUUAAAUAGUUUCCGAACAUCUCCAUGGGACCCUAAGGAAAACCUUCCCCUUGAUUAUGCCAGAAUUUUCCAGUUUGGUAAUUUCCGGCGAACAAAGAAGAGAGUCUUGAAUGAGGAAAUUGAUGGCGCCAUGCCUGGUUGGUUCAUAACAGUCCAUAUAAAAGAUGUUCCCAGAGCUUUCAUGGAGUCUCACAGACCAGGGCAACCAGUGAUCCUGUUUGGUUUGUUACCUCACGAACAGAAAAUGACCGUUAUGAAUUUCAUUGUCCAGCGCAAGAUUACUUGUGAAGAACCAGUCAAGUCAAAAGAACGACUCAUCUUUCAGGCUGGUUUCCGUCGUUUUGUUGCCGCUCCAGUUUUCUCCCAGCACACAACAGGAAACAAAUUUAAGUUUGAAAGAUUUUUAUCCCACAAAACUGCAACUGUUGCCACAAUGUUUGCUCCUGUAACAUUUCCACCUGCUACAGUUUUAGUUUUUAAACAGUCUUCAUCGGGUGAUCAUGAUUUGAUAGCUACAGGGACAGUAAUGUCAGCCGAUCCUAACCGAAUUGUUACCAAACGUAUUGUACUUAGUGGGCAUCCAUUCAAGAUAAACAAAAAGGCAGCUGUGGUCCGCUACAUGUUCUUUAACAGAGAGGAUGUUAACUGGUUUAAACCUGUUGAGCUGAAAUCAAAAUGGGGUCGCAGAGGUCACAUAAAAGAAGCUUUAGGUACACAUGGUCACAUGAAAUGUAUAUUUGAUAACCAGCUGAAAUCUCAAGAUACAAUCCUCUUGAACCUGUACAAAAGAAUUUUUCCUAAGUGGACAUACAGUCCCCGUGUAUUUAACCCUUCUCUAAAAGUUAUGGAACAGAUUGGUGAUGAUAUGGAAAGCUGAAAAUCUUGUUCCAUUAAAUUAUAAUUAUCACAAAAUAAAUCAUCUAAAGAUAA